CAAUGUAUAAAGAGAAGAAAGAGAAGAAAACAUAAGAUUAAAAUGCACGAACAAAGUGCUCUGAUCGCCAUGAGAGGAUCUAGCUGCAGUCCAUGAAUCGGAGUCUUUUUACAAAGAAUGUCAGGGACAACAAAUGCGGAAUCGGAGGGAGUCUCCAAAGUUCAAAUAAAAAGGCAGAUCAAGACAAUCGUGGAAGAUUUGGAGAACAUCUUAGGAGACUUGAAGGAUGUAGCGAAAGAACUCAAAGAGGUUGUUCAUGAAAUAGACUCCCUGACAUCAGACCUCCAACUAGAGGAGAUGGCAAACAGCUCAAAGACUGACACACUGAACAGCAGCUCGAGCAGUACCACAACCACUACCACUGCCUCCAGCAUUGAGAGAAUCAAGAUCUACCCUGAAGACGCGUUCCUCAGACCUCCGUCCAUGGCCUCUGGCAUGCUCGCUGUACUAAAGAGGACCCAUCCUCCUCUCCCACCCCCUCGCCUGAUGCCAGCCCGAUUCGAGGACCACAUCAAGAGCUUGUCAUCAGGGAACCAAGCCAAAGAGAACAGAACACUCAUGCGCAAUUGCAUCUUCUCUACAAAGCCCAUUAACAUACAGAACAGAGAUCCGGUGUGCAUGCCUAAAAGCUCAACAGAGCAAGGACUGUCUCUGAUACCCCUUCUACGGCACAAAAAAAGUCGAUGUCCCCAGGUGACACGGGAAAGGGUGAGAUUCAGUGAAAAAGUCCAGUACCAUGGCUACUGCCCGGAUUGUGACCUGCAGUAUGACAUUGAAAACACAGAAAUGCACUUACACUCUGAGCUUUUUGACAUGAAACUAAGCCCCAUUCAUCAAUGCUCCUCCAUGGCCCCAGCUCAUGUUCUGAUGGAAAACGGUGGGCUGAGCCUCAGUCACAGCUUUCCUCCUACAACUCAACCUUGUGUGCCUCAUCAUGCUACUCCAAAACCGCAGAAAACCAUACUACGCAAAUCCACCACAACAACUGUUUGAUACAUAAAUCCCCAUAAAAGAGACAAUUAAUAAUCUUUUAUAUAUUUUGUUUAUUGUCAUAAGAACUUUCUAGUGCAAUAUAAAAUGGAUUUCCUGAAGAUUAAAAAGGAAUGGGAUUGCUUACUUCAUUGGAAAUCCUAAAAAAAGUAAGUGACUGGUCCCUUUAUGACUGAAGAAAUGCCAUACUGACCACCUGAUCACCUCAAUUUCGUGUGAUGCUCAAUGAAGGCUCAUUUCAGAAAGCUCUUAGAUCACUACCAAAGGCCCCACACAGACAAAGGAACUACUCAACUGUAUCUUCAACAAUCAGUUUAAUCAGAAUGGGCAAGGGAUAUAAAAUGUUGUUUGGUGUAGAAACACAUGUGAUUCUAUCAGACAGGGCUGCAUAGUCUUAGAAUUGCAAAAAAAAAAUUUGAAUUGAAGAGAAAUUAUAUUAUUAUAUAAUAUAAUAAUAUUAUAUUUUUCAUUCCAUAUAUCAUUGUUCUUUUUCUGUAGCAGAAAUUCUACAGUGACCUGAAAGUUAAUUGUAGCUUGAAAUGACUGAAAUGGAGAAAAGUUCCAUAUUGUUGCUGCUGAAAAAUGUGAAAACAUUUAAUAGGAUCCACUUUAACUUGAUGGCUACAGUUCAUUUCAUCUUGUGCACUUUUUAUCAUAUAUAAAUAAGGAGAGAAACGCCCGUACAAAUAUUGCCUUUGAAUGAAUGGAAAUUUCUGGAAAAUUUAGAGAAAUGUAAGUUUAAGUGUAUAUUAUAUGUUUUAUAA